AUGGCUUCGGCACGCGGUCCACGAUGGCAGCAAUUCUUGCAAGAGUUGGUGAUGGUUGCCGGCACAUCGGCCUCUGCAUAUUUCCUCAUCCGCUAUCUCCUUUCCCGCCUUGAUUUCGAUCCCGAGAGCCAGAAGAAAGAGGAGCAAAAACGCAAGUCCGCCGCUAUUCUACGGAAACUGGACGGGGGAGAUGAAUCGGAUGAAGAUUCCCCACGAGGAGAAGGUAAUCGAGGGCGCCGGCCAAAGCGCGGAGACCUCGUUCUCAACCAGUACGAGCAAGCGAUUGCGAUGGAUGUCGUUGCUCCAGAUGACAUUCCCGUUUCUUUUGAGGAUAUCGGCGGCCUGAGUGAGAUCAUCGAAGAGUUGAAAGAAUCCGUCAUUUAUCCCUUGACCAUGCCUCACCUUUACACCUCCACAUCUUCGCUCCUUACGGCUCCAUCGGGAGUUCUAUUAUAUGGCCCACCUGGGUGCGGGAAGACCAUGCUGGCGAAGGCUCUCGCCCAUGAGAGUGGGGCGUGCUUUAUCAAUCUGCAUAUCUCCACUUUGACCGAGAAAUGGUACGGUGAUUCGAAUAAGCUUGUCAAUGCGGUCUUCUCGCUGGCCAGGAAGCUGCAACCCUCCAUCGUCUUUAUUGACGAAAUCGACGCUGUGCUAGGGACCAGGCGCAGUGGGGAGCAUGAGGCGAGUGGGAUGGUAAAAGCCGAGUUCAUGACCCACUGGGACGGUCUCACAUCUGCCAAUUCCAUGGGCGAACCCCAGCGUGUCGUCGUGCUGGGUGCAACCAACCGUAUCCAGGAUAUCGACGAGGCAAUUCUUAGACGGAUGCCGAAGAAAUUCCCCGUUGUUCUCCCUCCGGCCGCGCAGCGACUCCGAAUUCUUAGUCUUAUUCUUAAGGACACCAAGGUGGACCGCGAAAAUUUUGACCUUCACUAUCUCGUCAAAGCCAUGGCGGGUAUGUCCGGCAGUGACAUCAAAGAAGCCUGCCGCGACGCAGCUAUGGUCCCAGUCCGGGAGUUGAUCCGACAGAAAAAGGCCGACGGUCUCCAAAUGACAUCAGUCGAUCCCAGCGAAGUACGGGGCCUUCGCACGGAAGAUUUCUUUACCCGUGCUGGAGGCGUUCGGGUUAUCCCACUACCGGCUCAAAUACAGGCGCGGUCCAGCAAAGCUAGUUCAGAGAAGGAGUGGACUUCAGAGUCAGAGGCUGCUUCCGACGGGGACACACGACCCGCGGUGAUGGUGGAACCACCCGAGUGA